CGCACGCACCGGCACACACGCCAGCCUUCGGUUGCCCCAGGCUGGGGUCCACCUGCAGCCGCCCCCCACCUGGGCCCUGACCGCAGAAGCUGGGCUUGGCCCAGCCCGGGUGCCCUCUUCUUUUGGUCUCCGCCCUCGUGCCUGAUGCUGAUCUGGGGUCUCAGAGGAGGGCUCGCUGGAUCACAGGACCUCUACCUGCGGCCACGCCACUAGCGGAGAAGCCACUGCCUUCCCAUCCGGAGCCCCAGACCACCGGCUCAGACACCUGCUCCUUCAGGGGACCAGCCACCAGUCCCCACUGGAACCCAGUUUGGGUUCUAGGGCGUCAUCUCAGCAGCGUCAACAUGUCCCGGCCCAGCAGCAGAGCCAUUUACCGUAAGCUGUCCCCCUGUGUCCUCUCCCAUGCCCUUAUCUGAGCUCCCCAAACCCCUGCCCUCCGCUCUCCCCCUCCCCAUGCCCACCACCCCCAUGGCUGUGUAUCUCUCACCUCCUUCUCCCGCCCCCACCCCCUUGCUCUGUGUCUUGGCAGUGCACCGGAAGGAGUAUGUGCAGAAUCUCGCCUCAGAGCCCACCCACCUGCAGCACAGGGUAGAGCACCUGAUGACAUGUAAGCUGGGGACACAGAGAGUCCAGGAGCCCAAGGAUGCCCUGCAGAAGCUGCAGGAGAUGGACACUCAGGGCCGGGUGUGGAGCCAGGACUUGCUCCUGCAGGUCCGCGAUGGCUGGCUCCAGCUGCUGGACAUCGAGACCAAGGAGGAGCUGGAGUCUUACCGCCUGGACAGCAUCAAGGUCAUGGAUGUGGCACUUGACACCUGCUCCUACAACUCUGUCCUGUCCAUCACAGUGCAGGAUUCGGGCCUGCGAGACGUUAGCACCCUGCUCUUCCAGUGCCCGGAAGUGGGGGCAGAGCGACUGAAGACCAGCCUGCAGAAGGCUCUGGAAGAGGACUUAGAGCAAAGACCCCGAUUUGGAGCCCUCCACCCAGACCAGGACAGAUGGAGGGGGCCUCCCCUGGAAAGGCCACUCCCUAAGGAGCAAGCACCCUCUUUUGAGCGGGGACCCCCUCCAGAACAGCCCCACUGGAUGGCCCCAGAGCAGAACACACCACCGUCCCCAAGGCCCCUGCCGCACCCCUCCAGCGUCCACGAGCGGAGCGCCUUCACUCUGCCUCCUUCGAGGCGGCCCCCAUCCCCCGAGAACCCUGAACGGGAUGAGGAGGUGCUGAACCAUGUCCUAAAAGACAUCGAGCUGUUCGUGGGAAAGCUGAAGGAGGCCCAGGCCCUGUCGAAGACCAGCCGUAAGAAGAAGAGAUGGCGCAAGAAGACGAAAAAGGGAGGGGUGACAGAAGCACAUUACAUUGACUGCUUCCAGAAGAUCAAGUACAGCUUCAACCUCCUGGGGAAGCUGGCCAUCAGGCUGCAGGAGACAAGUGCCCCUGAGUUUAUACACAUCCUCUUCCAAACUCUGGACUUCAUCUUAGCCCAGUGCCCUGAGCCUGACCUGGCAGCCCAAGUGAUCUCACCUCUCCUCACCACCAAAGCCAUUGACCUCUUGCAGUCCUGUCUAAGUCCAUUGGAGAACAGCCUCUGGAAGGGCCUGGGCAAGGCCUGGACCACCAGCCAGGCCAACUGGACGGGCAGUGAGCCCCUGCCCUACCAACCCACGUUCUAUGAUGGUUGGCAGCUUCCAGAACUUACCUACCAGGCGCUCUCAAGAUACCAAGAUACCACUUCCCUCAGGGGGAGCCCUAGUUUAGAGAGCACUUUACACUUCGCUCAAGAGGAGGCAUACAACCACAGCCCCAAACUGGGGCCCUCCAGACCUGGAUCUGUCAAGCCGGGCCUGCAAAUGCAAGUCCUAUAUGAGUUUGAAGCUAGGAACUCACAGGAACUGACUGUGGUCCAGGGAGAGGUGCUGGAGAUUCUGGACCAGAGCAAGCGGUGGUGGCUGGUGAAGAAUGAGAUGGGACGGAGCGGCUACAUCCCCAGCAACAUCCUGGAGCCCCUCCAGUCGGGGGCUCCCAGGAGCCAGAACGGGUCGCCCUCUCGGGCUCCAAUGCUUCGACUUAGCUCCAGGCCUGAGGAGGUCACAGCGUGGCUGCAGGCAGAGAACUUCUCCACUGUCACCGUGAGGACCCUCGGCUCCCUGACAGGGAGCCAGCUGCUUCACAUGAGACCUGGGGAGCUACAGAUGCUGUGUCCACGGGAGGCCCCACGGGUCCUGGCACGGCUGGAGGCCGUCAGAAGGAUGCUGGGGAUAAGCCCUUAGGCACCAACUCAGACACCUCCAAGACCAAGGCUCUCUCACAAGCAAGGCGGCGGAUCUGAGAUUCUUUAGGGCUCCGAGAGUUCCCCUUUCAGGUCCCCUGGCUGCAGUGAACCCCAUACCCCAGCUCACAUGGCAAAGAGGAUGAGCAAGCCCAUAGGAUGAGACAGAUGGUGCCCCUUCUCACUGUGUUGAGAGCUGCUCUCUCCAGUUAAUACCUGUUUAUUGGAUCUCUUUCCUGAGCCUGGAGCACUUAUGCCCAGAGCUGUCAGGACUCUGUUUAAUGCCUCUCCUCCCCAAUAAAAUUAUGUCCAAGCUUGU